GCGACUAUUCACGUUGGAUUAUUAGUUUCAGCUUCGAUCGCCGUACGAAUACGAAAGCUGCUCGCCUUGUUUGAAACAAAUUUGAUCAAUACUCCUAACCAAGACAACAUCGAAUGUUUUCAAAAGUGGUAGGAGAUUGACAAUUGAUUCAACAAUUCACUUUUGACAAUACAGCUCAGGUCUUCAAGUACAGGAAAGCUUAUUCAUAACUAUUUCUUUCAGGACCCGUAGGAUUGGUUUUUAUGAUAUAUCUAUUGUAAUAGAGUUAGGAGGACGCCGGUGUAUCCACGUGUUCAGUUCAUCAACCCUCGCUUGGAGGUUGGAUUUUCAAGUAUUCGAUUUAACUCAAAUCGUUACUUCUCAGGACUUGAAGACUUAAAAAUCAUCACGAUCAUCAUGAGGUCGACAGUACUUCAAUUUCUCUUGUUUUUCUUCUCGUAUUCAACCAUCGUCUCGGCAGUACGGUUCACAGAUCCACUCGAAGAGUUCUUGAUGAGGGAAAGACUGCGACUUCAGGCAGAGGAAGAGAGAUAUAGGGCGGAGGAGGAGCGACAACGACUGAGGGACGCCGAACCGGUUGGCGAGUUCAGCAGCGGGGUUCCAACGGACGAAAGUCCAGAGGCGACUACGGGAGCUUUCGUCACCGAUGAUCAGACGACGACAACGCUGACGCAAAAGUUGACGACGUUGUCGACGCGUCUUCGUGAAACGGAAAGUCAGUGUUGUAUUUUGGGAGCUAGGGCAGGGCGUAGUGGAUUCCUCUGUACUCCUGAGAACUACAGACCGCAAGUUCUUAUGAGGCACGACCCAAGCAGAAUGGGCAACUUCAAGAUCACGAGAGAAGAUCGACAGCGCUACAUCGAGUUAAGGCAACACAGCAAAUGUGUCUCUGGAGCUGUACCAAGGCUUUCUGAAGAAUUCCAACGCUGCUGCAAGCAAGCUUACAUCGAAACCCUGGACGAGGAGGUGAUCGGAGCCGCCGACGAGCUCGACAUGCCCAUCAUGCUGGAGCUCCCCCUCCAGAUGGACAUCAUCACCAAACAGAGGAAGACGCCAAGACAUAAAUCUCACAAAGUGUAGAAUGCUAGACUCUCAAAAUCAGACUUGGCUAAAGAUGUUUGACCAUGGUCAAGCACCGCGGAUGAGACAAAUGCGCGCGGCUCCCGACGAACCUGCUCGGCGGCACUGCAAGAUUUUCAUGAGGAAGGUGGAUGCCGUGUGAAUUAAGAGAUGAAAAUUGCACUGACGCAAUACAAUAACUCCUGGCAAAGAGGAGUUGUUCUUUCACUCUUUUUUGUUGGACAUGGUUUGUUAUGACUUGUAAUACCACUCAGUAUUAUUAUCCUAAUAGUGAUGAUAUUAUGAGAAUUUUGAUUUUUUGCAUCUGAAGCUAAUGGCUUUGCGUUUUAAAGCGCCAUUUUAUUCUUUCUGGCGUUAGUCAAGUCUAUCGGAAUAAUUGAAUUUCAUUGAUUUAUUUUCUGGUUGCAAUUCUUGCUUAAAUUGCAUAGCACAUCACACCUUUGACAUUGUCCAAGUAGGACGAAUUUUACAGGGGCCGCGUAACCGGGACGGGGCGCUUCAGCUCCCAUUUGUUUCAGUUAACGU